AUGAAAACUUUAUCUCUUCACUGCAUGUGUCAAUUGACUGAAUUCUUCGAAGAAAGGUUUUGGGUUUCUCCAUUAUUGAUGACGCUCAACGUAGGUACCGCUUUUGUUCUUACAACAAAUCAUCGACUCGAUCAGAAUGUGAAUUUCAUUUCACGCGACAACGAACAAAACAGCAGCAGUAAAAGCGACGACAACGGCAGAAACAAAAAAAAAGCAAAAAUUGGUCAAAAGAGCAACAAACGAGAAGAGAGAAACGAGAAUCGGAAUGUGCUGAACGGAUACUCGACUUGGUUGUUGAACAGACGAAUAAUUAUACCUUUGGAUGUUAAGAGCAGAUUUUGGAGGUCUUCGAUCAGUGAUCAAGUGAAAGACUUUAAUUAG